UCCAAAUGAACCAUCACGCGGCUUAACAAACUACGAUUCCACGACGCCAACUACCACGUAAUCUUUGGCAACGGCCAUGGCGACGACCAUGCUGCGGUCCCCUCUCAUCGCCGCGGUGGCACCAGUUCUCUUGCUCCUGGCCCUGGCCGCUUUCUGCCGCUCACCGGUGGCAGUGGCGACGGGCUCUCAGGAGCUCGUCGAGCUGACCCUCCUCGCCGGCGCUCGGGAGAAGGGCGCGGUGUGCUUGGAUGGGAGCCCUCCGGCUUAUCACUUGCAGAGAGGCUUCGGCUCUGGAUCACACAGCUGGCUCGUCUACCUUCAGGGUGGAGCUUGGUGCAACACCACAGAGAGUUGUUCCAAGCGCAAAAUGACCGACCUGGGCUCAUCUAACUUCAUGAAAGCAGUAGAGUUCAGCGGGAUACUAAGCAAUAAGCACCCACAAAAUCCUGAUUUCUACGGCUGGAAUAAAGUCGUGAUAAGGUAUUGCGAUGGGGCGUCAUUUGCCGGGGAUGCGGAGGGUGAAGAUCAGGAUGGAACCAAACUUUUCUUCAGAGGAUUGCGCAUCUGGGAAGCAGUUGUUGAUGAACUCCUGGCAAAAGGAAUGGACACUGCUAAACAGGCCUUACUCGCAGGUUGUUCUGCUGGUGGUCUAGCUACCCUGCUGCACUGCGAUAAUUUCCGUGCAAGGUUUCCUCAGGAGGUUUCAGUUAAAUGCCUUCCUGAUGCUGGAUUCUUUCUUGAUAUAAAGGAUUUAUCUGGAGAAAGAUUUAUGCGGUCGUUCUGCAAUGGGGUUGUCCACCUUCAGAAUGUUAGAAAAGUUUUGCCCAAGGAUUGCCUCGCAAAGAAGGAUCCAACAGAGUGUUUCUUUGCUGCUGAACUUGUCAAGAGCAUCAGCACCCCCACAUUUAUUCUGAACUCCGAUUAUGAUUCUUGGCAGGUAGGAAAUGUUAUCGCGCCAGACGGAUCCUAUCCUGGAGAAUCAUGGUCGAGUUGCAAAGCUGAUAUUCGGAACUGCAGUUCCAAACAAGUUGAUGUGCUACAUGAAUUCAGGAAGAAAUUCGUCAGUGAGUUGAAGGUUGCUGAAAAUAGAAGGGACUGGGGGCUGUUCAUUGAUUCAUGCUUCACGCACUGUCAAACGCCGUUCAAUAUCUCAUGGCAUUCACGAAUCUCACCAAGACUUGGUAAUAAGACUAUUGCAGAGACUGUUGGUGAUUGGUAUUUUGGUAGAAGCCAAGCAGUAAAACAGAUUGACUGCAAGUAUCCAUGUAACCCCACAUGUAGCAGUCAACUGCCUACAUAAAGCUUCAAGGGAUUGAGCUUAGGUUUAUACCAUUUUUUUCUCAUUUUUUUACAGCUUGUUUCCUCCAUCCUGUAUUUGCUUUGUUGAUAAACAUACGCCUGUAAUAAGUGGAUUUUUCCACGCCGCUAUUGUCGAGUCAAAACAAUGCAGAAAAAAACGGGCACUUACAAUCUU